CCCUGGACGCUUAUACUGCUUCACCACACGUGUAGUCCUUAGUUCAGUCUGCGUAAUUUAAUAUGACGCUUAGUUUAAAUGCCUGAUAAGAGUAAAGAUAAGAACAACCACUUGACGACAAGAUAAAGUAUCUAAUCUAAGAGGUGGUGAAUAAUGGUAGCAACAUCUUCACACUGUCCAGGUAGUUGGCCAGGUUUACCUUAUCAGUCACAACUGGGACCUCUGCUGUGUCGACAUGUCAAUCUUGUCUACAGCAUCGAAUACAUAAUGAUGUGGUGAAUACAUCAACAGUAUGGAAUGGUUAGCAAAGAAGGUUGUAGCUGCUUUAGUCAAUCGAUUCUUUGGGCAGUACUUAGAAGAUGUGAACACACAGGAGGUUAAUGAUGCCUUGUUGUCAGGUCAGGUCAACCUCACCAACCUCAAGAUCAGACGGGAUGCCCUGUCUUUUCUUGACAUCUUCUAUGGAAGUCCACUCCCCAUAGAGGUGAAGAAGGGUGUAAUUGGCAGGAUAUCUCUUACAAUUCCCUUCAGUAGUUUCUUCACCCAGCCAGUGGUCAUUAAUAUUGAGGAUGUGUUUGUACUUGUAACUCCUGUGGUUGAAUAUGACGAGGAACGGGAGAGAGACCUGGAGCGGGCGAGGAAGAGACAGACCCUGGCAUACUUAUUUCCUGACCCAACACCUAUUGAUGAACUGCAAGAUGCCACUACUCUCUGGGGUUUACUGUAUAAUAGAAUAUGGAACAACCUGGAGCUGCACAUCAACAACGUCCACAUACGGUACGAAGACACUAACUCCUGCCCGAGACCACUGGUUAUUGGAGUGUGUUUGCAGAGUUUGUCAGCGGACACAACAAACCAUAAAUGGAAAAAGGCCCAUGUAGAUGGAAAUGCAGCGACAGUUAAUAAGGUCAUAGAUUUUGUAUCUGCCUCAAUAUACAUCAAUCCUGGGAGUGAUCGUCAACGGCUGGUUAAACCUCACAUAAGUUCAGAGCUGUGGCACCAAUACCUACAACAGGGGCUUAACACUUUCUCUAUUAACGAUGAGCCCUUUCAGUUUGUUCUUCAGCCAGUGCGAUGCAAGGUUAAGAUGCGGCAGCAGAUGAGACGGGAAGCAAGAGUACCUGGGUUAUUGGUAGAUGCCGUUAUCAAGGAUGCUGCUCUAACUCUCUCACACCAACAGUACAUUGCCCUGACUGAGUUGACAGAAGCUUUCAACAUAACUAAUACGAGCAGACGCUUUUUGAAACAUCGACCUGAAGUGCCCUUAAAGCGUCAUGCAGAGGAUUGGUGGCAGUACGCAGCCAAUGCCAUAAUUCAUGAGCAAAUUCGACCUUAUUCUUGGCCUGACAUAAAGAAACACAGGGCUAUAUACAGGAAGUACACACAGUUAUACAAGAAGACUCUACUGGAAGGAUACAGCAGUGAACUUGAAGCUGAUUUGAUGAGAUUAGAAGAUUCACUAAACCUCGCCAACAUUGUUCUGGCCCGGAUGCAUGCCAAGAUCAAGAUCUCUCAGGAUGAACCAAGUCUAGUCCAUCCAGUAGAGUCCUCCAGUGAAAGCUGGUUGUCCUGGUUAUGGGGGAGAGGAAGUGAUAAUGAUGUAAAUGAUGAAGAGACCGUAGACAUUGUGGGGAGUCGGAGAAAGAAUGGGCCGUUUACCUCCCUGACCGAAGAUGAGCGGCGGCAGCUUCGUGCAGCUCUCCUACAGUUAGAAGCACCAAGAAAUGAUAUGCAUAGAGAUGAUAUUGAUCACAAGGCAUAUUUGUCUCUCCAAAACGUGAGCUUAACCCUCAAGGAUGACGUGCAUGACGUAGCACUGGCAUCUCUGUCUGGGUUCGUCAUGAGUGCAGAAAAUCGCUACGGUGUCAAAUACCAGAAACUAUCAGUCAAAGCGGAAUCGUUUAAUUUAGAAGCUUCAAAUAUGGAACAAGAGUUAGUGUACAUUAUGAAGCUAGUGGACAGUACACCAUCGGCAGGUUAUGGGAUUGCUUUUUCAAUUGACUUGGAACGUAAUCCCUUGAAUGUGGGAUCUGACUAUGCUGUGACUUUGAAGUUGGAUCCCCUGGAACUCCUUUACAAUCAGCAUGCUUGUUGUGAGAUGGUCUACUUCUUCAGAGUGCCCAACAUGCAGUACCGACCAUUUGAAGAUGUUGCCAAAGAUACACUCAAUGAGGUUGUCAACACCGGGAGAGCCGCCAUGGAGUAUGCCAUCGCUCGACACAAGACAGUCAACCUGGACAUUGACAUCAAGAGCCCUUAUAUUGUCUUACCAGAACAUGGUUCAAUUCAGAGAGGUGGAAAUGUACUAGUGCUGGACAUAGGAGGCUUGAAGGUCAACAGUGAAAUUGGUGGACAGACAGUGGACCUGGAAGAUGCUACGAGAAUGGAAUUAGAGGAGCGACUUUAUGAUCGUCUAACAAUCACCGUGUCACAGCUGCAAGUUCUGUUUGCCGAUUCAGGGGACGAGUGGAGAGUUCACAGAACACGAGAUGACUCGGAUUCUCACUUACUCCCCAGAGUCAGAGUAAAGAUCGAUCUUGCCAACAGUAUACAUCCUGAGUAUCGACAUCAGCCGAGGCAGAAAGUGGAUAUUCACAUAACUCCUCUGAAACUUAAUCUUUCAGACAAUAAGUUAAGUCACUUGGUGGAGUUUGCACAUCACUUACCAGUGUUAGAAUCUGGCAUAAUUGUCCCAGAUACUAUAGACAGUGUUACAUCAAGAAGAUACCAACUGGAUCUUUAUCAUUGUUUAUUAGAUCCAAAUGUCUCAGAACUAACAAACAUAAGAGACAAACUUUCAAACAAACUAAAAAAGAAGAAAUUAGUUGCAGACUCAAUAGAUACACACACAACACCUCCUUUGCUCAGACAUGUCCGACCACUCUCACAAAGUGACACCAUAUCUCAAACAAGCCUGGAACUGGAAAAGUAUUUCUCUUCAUCAGAUAACAGUGAUGAUGAAGGAGAGUCAUGGGGUAAACCAGUUGACCUGCCUGGGUUCGAGGACAACACUUCACCCAAAAAUAUGAUAACCGUCUUAUCUCGAUUUUGCAUAGACGAAAUAGUGAUUGGCAUAUCCAGAUCAAGCGAGUACGGAGACAGACCGUACCUGAUGAUAAAAGCAACUCAUUUAGUGAUUGAGUCAGCCAUGAUGGAUUAUGGUCCAGCUAUACAAUUGACACUCAGUUCACUUCAUCUGGUUGACAAGUACCACCACAGCCCAACAGGAGAGUACCUGGAGUUAGUGUCAUCUCCACAAAUGGGUAAUGUGUGUAUCGCCACUGUAUUGUAUCGAAAGGUUCGUGCCAAUUGUCCAGACUUUAAAACCCAUUUUCAUUCCUGUGAACAAAGUUUAGUGCUAGACUUUGCGACCCUCAAUGUUGUGUGGCAUCGAGGAUCUAUUAUAACUCUUACAAAUUUCCUCACAUUGCUUUCAGGAAAACUAGGACAUGUAGAGCAACAAAUUCCAAAAGUCAGUAUUCCAAACAAUUUUGUGGCAUGGGUAAAGUCUGGUCCUGAAGACCCACCAGUUCCUUCAGGGGCAACCAAGUGGUCCUUUGCCUCACACCUCAAUACGCUCAAUCUCAAACUCUGUGAUAAUGAAGUGGACUUCUUACAAGCUAAGGUUGGAGGUUUUCAGGGAGAAUGUGUCUUUAAAGCUAAUGAAAAAAAGAUAUUUCGCGCAUCACUUUCUGAAUUAUCCGUAGAUGAUGUAUCUGACAUAACUCUUCACUCACGGAUCAUUGACCUUGAAGAAGAUAGAGUGUUUGAUAUGAAACUUGUCCAUUUUAGCCCCACACACAUAGGUGUAGAAGAAAUAGAUACUUCUCCACUUGCAGUGAAUCCUGAUGCUUCCCUGAGGAUCAGAAUUUGUAGAAUGCAAUGUAUCUUUCUUUGCAAAUUCUUUGCUGAUCUCCAGCGAUUUAUGGAACCUCUUUUGAACAGGGAAGGAACGCAGGUUGCCAUUAAACAAGCAGAAAAAACAGUGGAGGCAAGUAUUGAAGAAUUCAUCUCAGGAAGGAAACUUAGUUUAAGUAUUGAUAUUCACGCUCCCACUGUUCUUGUUCCUCAGAAGUCUGAUUCUCCCAGUUUGUUGGUGCUGAGCCUCGGGGACCUGAAGAUAGAUAACUUGUUUAAACUUGCACCCACGAGUGGAGGAGGAACAAUUGAAAAUGUUUUAGUGGAAUUGGGACCUAUGCACGUGUGUCGAGCUGUGAUGACUCUUGGAGGUGGAUUAGAUAUGCAAGAGUACAUACUGGAGCCUGCUACUCUGAGGGCUGAUAUUAAGCGUUCACUUAUUCCACAGUGUCGGGACCUUCUCUCCUGGGACAUAAGUGUUCACAUGGGGACCCUCUGUGUGAACUUAGGGCAACGUGAUCUCAACACCAUAUUGGCUGUUAUGACCCAAAACAAAGCAGAAGCCCAGUUCACGGACACUAGCAUACAUUCCCAGCCUCUGACACCAGUAGAUCUUGGGACACCACUUGCUGGCAGUGAUGAUAAUAUGGGCAAACUACAAGCUUUCUUGACGCAUUCAAUUGACAUUUAUCGAAUUGCAGAUGCCCUUGUGUCAAUGGAUGGAUUAACUCUAACACUCUAUACUGACAUGGAUGAGGUACUGAGCUCACCAGUUCGUGAUGCAGCAACUGCAUUGUGUCGCUUAGAAGUUGGAGAAAUUGAGGUACACGGUGAUAUGAACAGUGAUCGAAGUAUGGAUGUGCGACUCACUCUACAUUCCUGUGAUUUGUUUGACGUAAGACCCGACAAUGAUUAUCAUGUGAUUAAAAAGAUAUUUGGACAGUAUAAUAGUGAGAUACAAAUGACCUCUGGAAGAUUUAGUGUGAGUGUCCCACCCAUGAUGGAUCUCAUGUACAAAGUUAGUCCCAAUGGUGAUGCAGCCGUUGAAGUGAGCAUAGAAAGAACACGGUUUAACAUGUCUGUUGGCUUUGCCUUGGCUCUAUACAGGUAUGUUAAUGAUGCCAUCCCGAGUACUGCAAGCACAAGUGGAGGGAUUCUAAAUCCAGGGUUUGUUGGGGACUUUGGUACGACUGUAGAUGGUGUCAGAAUUAUUCGACGUCCACCCAGUUCAGUGGACAGUACCAGUGGCUACCUCUCUACUGUAACUAGUAACACGGAUGAACAAAAAACACUUUCAAUUUCUCUGAAGGUCAAACAACCAGAAAUAGUGUUGUUUGCCGACCCGGAGGUAAAGAUUAGUCGUGUGUUAGUUGUGAAAUGUGAAGUCCAUGUCGAUUACUCUCGACACCCAGGGAAUGAGAGCUUUCACAUAACCUUAGAUAGGUGCCAGAUGUUUGCCACAAUGUACACUCACACUGGACAAAGUCCUUAUUCUAUCAUGGAGCCAUGUGAUAUUGAAGGGAACUGGAUAUUUCGCAGUGUUGAGGAAGGUGUGAGAGCAGAGUUGAAAGUAACUCACAUUCAUCUUCAUUUGAACCCUCCUGUGGUUCACCUCUUGAUGGAUGUCACUGAGGAACUGAACAUGAGCAUGAGUCCACAGUUGGUGCCCAUCAAGCUUCAACUUCCACAUGCUGACUUAGAAGACUUGUGGUCCCCUAAGCCACUUGUGGCAACAGUGUCACCAAUUAAUCCAGAUGAAGAAAUCUACAUCAAACCUGAGUAUCCAUCAGCCAAACCACAGCAACGUUUAGUCAUCAAGAUGUCUGCAAUUACAGUUUCCUUUGAAAAACAGGCACUUAAGACGGUCGUACCUGUACUUCUCCUUAAUGCAGCUAUGAAUGCAGAAUUUAAUGACUGGUCUAAGCUAAUGUAUACCAAAGCAGAAAUGCAGUUGCAGUUAUCCUGUUAUAGUGAAGAGUUUUCUACCUGGGAACCUGUCAUUGAGCCUGUCACUGAUACCAACAAGGUAAUGAGACCCUGGGAAGCCAUCAUACGCACACUUCAACAUCAGGCUCAGCCCAUCGGUAUUAAGCGCAGCCGACCGGGGCGUCAUUACGACUCUAUUGAUAGCAGUUCCACAGCGAACAGAAAUAGUUAUCUUAGUUUUCCAUUCGAAGACUCCGAAUCAUCCACUGAUGAAGAAUAUCAAGACAAUGAAAUGGUCGUUCUCAGGCCACAUGCGGCGUCAAAACUGAAGCGCUCCAAUGCCAAACGUUCAACAGCUGACUUAGGUAAUCUUUCAGGUUAUCCACUUGACUCGGACUCUGAAACAGAAGAUGGUGUUCUCCACAAGAUCUCCAGUGCUUUCACUCACAUGUUCUCCAGUGACUCAGAGGGAUCAGAGGCAGAGGGCAGUAGUGAUGAAAUACUUGAUGAAGGAAAAGAACCUGGUGAUGACAUUCAAGAAGAUGGUUCAGAAAAUUCAACUACUGAAGGCCAUGACUCCGAGGAGGGAGAUGGUGGUGUAUUUGCCCCUCCCAAACUCAUUCCAGAUGUAAUAGAUGGAGUUGACCAAGGGCUGGAGGACGCUGACACCGGAGAACUGGCAACCUGUAUCUUUAUUGACUCUCAGGAUCAUUUGGAAAUCUCUUUCACUCCUCACAUAAUGAAGUCUGUUUAUAUUCUGGUGUCUGAAUACCUUGAGAAACCUAUGGAACCUCAACCCAUUGUGUCAUCUGCCAGUCACAUUGCUCAAGAAAUAGUACUUGUUAAUGAAAUUGGACCCAACUCUAAAGUCACAGUGUUGUCUCAGGUGGAG